AUAACAUGAUGAUAUGUUAACAAUGAGUUUUCGAGACUGUUUGGAUAGUAUUCCAUAAAAUUUGUUGAAUGGUGAAUGACAAGUUAAUAAUCUUGAGUGAUUUCGUUCCAUUAAAUGAAUUAAAAUUGAUAAUAAAUGUGAAUGGCGAAAAACGUGUUUUCUGCAAACACUUUAUAACACAUUGAACUCUCGCUAUAAACAAGUUUUAUUUUCGCAUUUGAUAUAUAUAAACCAAAAACCAUUUAAUUGUGGCAUCGAGCGAAGUAGAAAGAAAUUAUAAAUAUGCAAAAGGAAAAUACGGCGCCUGUCGAAAGCCAUCAAUAUGUAGGGCCUUACAGACUGGAAAAAACACUAGGAAAAGGGCAGACAGGUCUGGUCAAGCUGGGUGUUCAUUGUGUUUUAGGGAAAAAAGUAGCGAUUAAAAUAAUAAAUAGAGAGAAACUAAGCGAAUCAGUAUUAAUGAAGGUGGAACGAGAGAUAGCUAUUAUGAAAUUAAUUGAUCAUCCACAUGUUUUGGGUUUGUCGGAUGUAUAUGAAAAUAAGAAAUAUUUAUAUUUAGUGCUGGAACUUGUGUCUGGCGGCGAGUUGUUUGACUAUUUAGUAAAGAAGGGUAGACUGACACCAAAAGAAGCCAGAAAGUUUUUUCGUCAAAUCAUUUCGGCGCUAGAUUUUUGCCAUUCACAUUCGAUAUGCCAUCGAGACCUUAAGCCGGAAAAUUUACUACUUGAUGAAAAGAAUAACAUAAAAAUUGCCGAUUUUGGAAUGGCAUCACUACAACCAGCUGGUUCGAUGCUUGAAACAUCUUGUGGUUCACCACAUUACGCUUGUCCAGAAGUGAUUCGAGGUGAAAAAUAUGAUGGUCGUCGUGCUGAUGUAUGGUCGUGUGGUGUUAUUUUAUAUGCAUUAUUAGUUGGUGCUCUACCAUUUGAUGAUGAUAAUCUUCGACAAUUGUUGGAAAAAGUGAAACGAGGUGUAUUUCAUAUACCACAUUUUGUUCCGCCCGAUUGUCAAAGUUUGUUGCGGGGCAUGAUUGAAGUGAAUCCAGACAAACGACUCACACUUGGCGAAAUAAAUCGACAUCCGUGGGUGACAGCUGGUGGCAAAGGCGAACUCGAAUUAGAAUUACCAAUGAUGGAAGUAGUACAAACACAUGUUUUACCUUCGGCUUCAUCUGUCGAUCCGGAUGUUUUGAAUGCAAUCUGUUCCCUUGGAUGUUUUAAAGAAAAAGAAAAACUAAUACAAGAGCUCAUGAGCCCAAAUCACAACACGGAAAAGGUCAUUUAUUUCCUAUUACUUGAACGUAAACGCCGAAGACCAGCUCUUGAAGAUGACGACGAAGCAAUAAGACCUAGACCCAAUACAGAAGUCAGCGAUCCACCGAAAAAAAGACUCGACACAUGCAGAAUCAAUGGACAGAAUUCAUAUAAUUUUGGUCAAAUUAGCGAAGGAUCGCCAAUAACAACACGAAGACAAGCAUUUAAUUUUCGUUCUUAUAGUAAUACCCGAAAUCACAAUCGAAGAUCUCCAACACCAUCAGCCAGAUCUGCUUCAUAUCAUAGCCCAACUAGAAAUCCACAGCAAGCUCUAUCAAGACCAUCAUCUCCAGCCACUUCGGCGCGCCAUUCAACUCAUUCACCAUCAAUAGGUGGCCGAACCGUUCAACCGAAAUCACAACAACAAUCCGAAGAUCAGCAACAAACACAAACAACAUCAACGCAACAGCAGCCGCAACUUCAACUGCAAUCAUCAAAUCAAUCUCAUGACACAAGUAACUACGAUCAACAGCAAUCGGGUGCUCAUCAUAGGGCCAACUCCGGACCAACAAUAGCUAUUAGUUUGUUUCCAGAAUCGGAAAAUAGUAAUUGGCCUGUUCCAAAUUCACCGCAUCUCAGUGCUGCAAAUGCCAGUAAUGCGCCAUCGCCUGCAAUGACUGCCUCCACUUGUAGCAAUGCAAGUAGUCAACUGUGGAAAACUCGUUUAACCAAUAUUAAAAAUAGUUUUCUGGGCAGUCCGCGUUUCCAUCGAAGAAAGUUACAAGUUUCAUCCGAUGAGGUAUAUUUAACGCCAGACUCAUCACCAGAAUUAACAAAACGUUCGUGGUUUGGGAAUUUGAUGACCACAGAAAAGGAUGAAACUUUUACGGUGCUUGUAAAAGGAAAGCCACUAGCAACGGUCAAAGCUCAUUUGAUUCAUGCAUUUUUAUCGAUGGCAGAACUCUCGCAUAGUGUAAUAUCGCCAAUGUCGUUUAGAGUUGAGUACAAACGAAAUGGAACUGGACCGGCAAUGUUUCAGCGGCAUGUUCGGUUUCAGGUGGAUUUAAGUGCAAUUUGUAAACAAGAAGAAGUUUCCGAUACGCUUUUUGCGAUAACAUUUACAUUGUUAUCCGGUAACAUUCGAAGAUUCCGUCGAAUAUGUGAACAUAUUCAAUCGCAAGUUUGCUCAAAGCGAUUUUCUGGCCCUAAUAGUCCACCCAGAGUAACGAAUGCCGUUUCAGAGAGUUCGUCCUGUGGUUCAGAUUCAAGUGAACGUUUAUCAUGUUAUAAGCGCCAGAUUGAAAAUGACUGUGAAAACGAUGCUGUAUUUGAGUGCAAUAAAACACCCGUUUCGAGACGUUCUUCUGCCUCCACAAAUAAUAAUAACCAAGUAUUAGGCGAAACAGCCAGUCCAAAAACCGUGCGGUCGAGUUCUGAGUCAACUCAAGAUCCGGACCGUGUUAAAAAUCGCAAGAAUGGCGAAAAGCAAUCAACAACGAUAUCGGGGAGUGCGAUGGCAUGAGAAUUAUUUCUCUGAUUUAGUUUCAAAAUAACAAAGAUACAAAUGUCAGGUUCUAAAUAUCAUACCGAUUGCCAUACACAUACAUUACGAUUGUUAUGAUGCUACUUUACUAAAAACUGAAACACAUAUUUAAAAUAUGUUAACCGAAUCGGAUUUAACAUAAAAAAACAACGACUGUAAGAUGCAACAAACAAACAAAAUCCUUCAAAAAAACUUCAUACAUACAAACCAAAUAAACAAACCAGUGACAGCAAAUAGUACUUUUUUAAUCUCGUGUGGCAGGGUAUUAUUUAUACUAUUCUAUUUCGAGAUGCUCGUAAUAUUUAAUUCAAUUAAUCAUCAAUCGUUGGAAAUUACAUAUGUAUAUUAAGUUUUUGUACGAGUUUACUGUAUAAAUGGCUUAUGAUUUUGGUUAGCGUGAGUUAUUAAUUUGCAUUUGAGUGAGUUUAAACAAGAAGAAAAAUAUGCAUUUUUUUAGAUAAAAAUACUUUGUUUUGUGAUUGCUUACGUUUUAAUUGGUUGAAAUUUGCAUCAGACGUAUAAGUGCAAUAAAAAGAAAACAGAUUGAAAAAUACCCAACCACAGAGAUGAUGCUUUAAAGGAUCUAAAAUAUGAAAAUUAAUUAUAACUAUAUAAAUAGUUGAUUGUGCAGAAUGAGGAACUAAAACCGAACUAUGUGUCUUUAUUAUUUUGCAAAAGUCAGAGGAUAAACUAAAACGAACAAUUGAAAUGAAAUCGCUUAUAGCUCAGUUGUUAAUUAAGUGAAAGAACGAAAUCAAACUGAAUCUCGCCACCGCCGCCGCCGCUGCUGCUGGGCUAAAAUAAUUAAAUGAUUGAAUUAAUAUUCUGAAUCUUCAAAUUGAUAUACUUUUAAAAAACAGAACAAUGCAAAUUUAAUACACUAGCUACAUUGAUCUUUCGAUAAAAAGAUGCAAUCAAUGACCUCUUAUUUAGUGAAUUUAGAUGAAAGUUCAAGGAGUGAAAGGAAAAUGUUUCUUUUUUUUUUGUUUUAUUUUAUGUGGUCCUUAUUCUUAACUGAAUCAUUACUUGACUGCAAUUAAAUUAUACGGAAUGCAUAAAUUUAUGAAAUUUAAAAGAAAAUAAGAAACAAGAUUCAAAUCACCAAUAAUAAAAUGAUGAGAAUUGCUAACUGAAUUUCUUGGGGAGCGAAUGUCUCAUUUUUUAGCUUGGUAACGGCUUAAUUCAUAAUUUGGUAAUGUUGACAUACGUCCUCAAGGGAAAAAUUUAAGGGGGGGUAAUUGAAAAGAAUCGAGAAGGGUAAGCAAAAAAGUGAAGUGUAUUUUGCAAAAAGUGUACUUUUUUCUUUUUUUUUUUUGCUCUUCACUUUUUUGGUGAAAAUCCCUAGCAAAUUGAAAGAAUUCUUUGAAAUUUUUUAAGGGGUAACACUUCGCCAGGGGGGGGGGUAAUCGGACCCCUCUGACCCCUACUGAGGACGUAUGAAUGUUGAGAUCAAAAGUGAAACAUCCAAUCAAUGGAUCGAAAAGUGUUUGUGACAACAAUGAUUUCAGUCAUGGCAUUCGCUCACCAAAUUUGUGCUGUAGAUAUCUUAAUUUAUAUGGCCCAAUAAUCAAAUAAUAAACAAAAUAUAUUGUUUCGCAUCUGAUAUAAAACAUACAAAAUCUAAGUGUAGAAUUGGUAAAUUUUCAUAAGCAUUUUGAAAGUGAUAUAGGUAGUAUUACUUGCAUGGUAGCGAUGUUCAAGAUAAAACAAUGCAACAAAUAACCAUUAUAGUUGAAUAAAAUUUUACGGAAUUGAAUUGUUUGUGGUAAUUUUUCUACUUCAUUCCAUUCAAAAUGAGCAUAGUUUCCAUCAAAUUGGUGAAUUUUUGAAUUCUAGUUUUGAGUUUUCAGUUUUUCUCCACCUACAUUUUGUAUGUUUUAUUCCAGAUCUAUGAAUCAUACAUUUUAUUUCAUUUAUUAUUAUUUUUAUGUCAUUUGCAUACUAUGAAAUAUUAUAAAUUUCAAACGGCAAAUAUACAUUAUAUGUUGCAACAUUCAUCAACAUCAACUGAACAUUCAAACAACAAAAACAUCAACAACAACAACAGAAUAAAAAAAAAAAAACUUUUUCAAAUUCAAAUUUUUACUAUUAUUGAGAAAAUUAACAAAAAAAGAAAAAAACCGACAGAAAUAAUUUCUGAAAGAAGUGUAAAUUUGUUGUGAUGGCCAAACAACAACAUUUAGAAAUAACCUACAUGCAAAUAUUGAAUAUCCCCAAUACAAUUAGCACAAUCAGAAAAAUAAAAUGAUGAAAUGUUUUUUUUUUUGGAAAAAAUUAUUUAACUAUAUUGUAGUAGAUUGAAAACGAUGUUUCGAUAAGUCAAACAAUAGUACAUGUUACGUCCACACCGUUCAAAAUACGUAAUGAACGAAAAUGAAAAAAUGGAAAAAUAUCAAAAAAAAAAACAAAAAAAAAGCAUAAAAAUUAAAUAGCUUAGUAAUUGAAUUUUUCAAUACCAGGCCAUUGACACAUUAAGCAUUUUCAUAUGAGUUUAUUAUUCACUUAUUGUGAAGAAAAAAAACCUGCUGAAGUUAAGAAAAAAAAUAGUUCAAAACGAAACCGUGAAAGCAUUUUUUAAUUUUGAUUUGACUUUAAUAUGUUUUGCGCUUCUUUUCACUUGAUAUUGUAUAGGUAUAUGAUAAAAAAGCUGACUUUCAGGGCACACGUAUUUGUGGCUGUGCAAUUCAGCUGUAUUUUGAACAUCAGCUGCUUGAAAAAAAUACGUUCUAAGCAAAACAAGCUUUUUUCAACUACAAAAUUAUGCGUUUUCUUCUUUUCGAUGCAUAAAUAAAAUGUCUUCAACCAUAUUCUAUAAUGGCUUCAAUUUAUCCUUUUUUCGACAUUUCUCUAGUCAUUGUGCCCUGAAGCUUCGCCCAAUUUGGAACUAAUUGAUAUAUAUGCAAUACAAAAUCCAGUCCAAUGAGGUCCUAUAGCAAUUUUUGGACACACCACAGCUAAAAUAUACACACUACUAAACUAAUCCCAGCGUAAACGAUACAACACUCAACAAUUUUAUGAAUUAAAAAUAAAUACACAUUCAGAGAGAGAGAGAGAGAUACACACACACACACACACACCAAACAAAGAAAUAAGAUUGACUAAUUUAAUGUACAGAAUGUGGUGGUUGCGAAUGUUUCCUUUUUUACCAAUUAUUAUUAAUCGAAUCUGUUGAAUUGUGUGUAUAUUUUUGCUCACAGCAAAAUCACAACUAAAAUUAAAUUUAAAAAAAAAAACGGAUGAUUACCAUUUGUAGAGAAUGAAAAAAGGGAAAGAAAGAAAAAGGAGUGCUUAGAAUUCAAUUUGAAGCCAUUAAGAGCUUUAAGUUUGAGAAGACUAUAUUUUUUUGCGGUGCAUAAAGUAGACACAGACUUUUUUGCAAAAAACAGAUAACCAAAAGUGUACACGAAUGAAACAAUUAUUUUUGACACUUUAUGAAAUACAUAUGAAAAUCAAGA